AGCUGAGCAGAGCUUGGGACUGCAUGGUGGCUUCAGAGACGGCUUCCUUAAUUCAAAGCUAACAAUGGUGGGGAAGGCCAGAUCUUCUAAUUUUACCUUAUCUGAAAAGCUCGAUUUGCUAAAACUCGUCAAGCCGUACGUUAAAAUUCUCGAGGAACAUACCAAUAAGCAUUCUGUAAUAGUGGAAAAAAACAAAUGCUGGGAUAUCAUAGCCGAUAACUACAAUGCCAUCGGAGUAGAUCGCCCUCCUCGCACUGCACAGGGCCUGCGCACGCUGUACAAGAGGCUCAAAGAAUAUGCCAAACAGGAGCUGUUGCAGCAAAAGGAGACCUACUCAGAUUGUAAAAGCAGCAUUUCCGAGCCAACCAAGAAAGUUGUGGAGAUGAUUCCACAGAUUUCCAAUGUGUGUUUAAGAGACAGGAGCGCUGCUCAAAGUGCUAGUAUCGAUAAAGAAACAGUUGCUGGCACCAGUUCACCACAGGCCAUGUUGGAUCACCAUCCUGCGACCGUCAUGAUGGAGUUGCAAUCAGAAGAGGAUGUCAAACCUCCUCCUUCUUUGAUUGUAGACUCACAGCAAAAUGAGAACUUAGACCAAGAGGUAGAACACCAGCUGGUACGCAUUAUGGAAAGGUCUCCUUCAACAUCGGUAUCUUCAGUUGAUAUGAGACUGAUGAUGUCUCCCUCUCCUAUACCAAGAAGAGAUGAGGUGUUUAGGCUUGAGGUUGGAGAACGCUUUAGACCAAUGUGUGGUUAUGACCCACACGUGUUACAAAUGCUGAAAGAAGAGCAUCAAGUAAUAUUAGAAAAUCAAAGAAAAAUUGGCCUUUAUGUCCAAGAAAAAAGGGAUGGUUUGAAAAGAAAGCAGCAACUGGAAGAAGAACUACUGAGAACAAAAAUCGAAGUAGAGAAGCUGAAGGCAAUACGACUACGCCGUGAUCUGCCAGAAUACAUCAAUAUCUGAAUAUUUUUAUCAUUUCUGUCAUAUUCUUUGAAAUACUUAAUAACAAAUGCUUUUGCCCUAGCAAAAUUGUUCCUUAUGUUAAUAUGGAUGGAUCAAAAUCUGGACUUGAGAGAUGAAAGCAUAUUUUCCAUGUGGUUCUUUACGUACCUUAGAAAAAUAUGUUGUAUGGGUUUGAAUGCACCAAC